GUUCUCUAAAAAACUUCUCAGGCUCGAAAUCCAAUACAGGAGUGACUUAAUGGAAAUCCAUUCUACCACUAUGAAGAAAAGUGGUGUUCUUUUCCUCUUGGGUGUCAUCUUCCCGGCUCUGAAUGGAAUUCAAGGAACCCCAGUAAUGAGGAAUGGACGUUGCUCCUGCAUCAACACUAGCCCAGGAACCAUCUCCACAAGAUCCUUGAAAGACCUUAAACAGUUUACCCCAAGCCCUUCCUGUGAGAAAACUGAAAUCAUUGCCACAAUGAAGAAUGGAGAUCAAAUAUGUCUAAACCCAGAUUCAACCAAUGUGAAGAAACUGAUGAAAGAGUGGGAGAAACAGGUCAGCCAAAAGAAAAAGCAAAAGAAAGGGAAAAGACGUCAAAAAACCAAGAAAGUUCCAAAAGCUAAAAAACCUCAACAUCCUCGUCAAAAAAAGACAACAUAAGAGACCACUUAACCAACAAGUAUUUUGUGUUCAAAAUGUUUUCUUUUCAUUAUAAUGAAAUUAUUUCAAAUGGGGAUGGCAUCUAAUACAAAGGCUUGCUAAUUUGGCUAGAAAAUUUA